AAGCGGGGAGGUGGCGUGUAGAGCUGAUCCCCCCGAUGGCCCUGCAGGCGCUGUCCCGAGCCUUGGGCUCCCUCAGCCUGGCCGCCGGCCCGCACCCUGCCGCCCAGGUGAUGAGCAGUGUCUUCCUCCAACCUUCCUCACCUGGGGUGCUAAUUGCCUGCCGAUCUUUCCUGACCUCGGGGGUCCUUAAUGCAAACAUUGCUUCCUGGAAGAGUCGUACCAAAUACACCAUUAUGCCAGUGAAGAUGAGGAAGUCAGGGGGCCGGGACCACACAGGUCGCAUCAGAGUGCAUGGUAUUGGUGGAGGCCACAAACAGUGUUACCGGAUGAUUGACUUUCUUCGGUUUCGGCCUGAGCACGAGGCCAGGUCUGGGCCUUUUGAGGAGAAGGUCAUUGAUAUCCGCUAUGAUCCCUGUAGAUCUGCAGACAUUGCCCUUGUUGCUGGGGGCAAUAGGAAACGCUGGAUCAUUGCCACUGAAAACAUGCAAGUGGGAGACAUACUCCUUAAUUCUGACCACAUUGGCCGCAUGGCAGUUGCUGCCCGGGAGGGGGAUGCACAUCCUCUGGGAGCCCUGCCCAUCGGGACUCUGAUCAACAACUUGGAAAGUGAGCCAGGCCGGGGUGCCCAGUAUAUCCGAGCUGCAGGAACCUGUGGUGUGCUUUUGCGGAAGGUCAAUGGGACAGCCAUUGUUCAGUUGCCCUCUAAGAGGCAAAUGCAGGUGCUAGAGACAUGUAUAGCCACAGUCGGCCGGGUGUCAAAUGUGGAUCACAAUAAGCGAGUCAUCGGAAAGGCUGGGCGAAACCGCUGGUUGGGCAAAAGACCCAACAGUGGACUCUGGCAACGAAAAGGAGGUUGGGCUGGCCGAAAGAUCAAGCCCCUACCCCCAAUGAAGAGUUAUGUGAAGUUACCUUCUGCUGCUGCCCAGAGCUGACACCCUGAUCUACCCCCCUGCCUCCCAAUAAACUGAAUCCCUCUGA